AUGUUGGUGGUGGAUUCAGGUUCAACCAUAGCUGAUGAAGAAAAGACGGUGGAGCCGCCGCCUUCGUCGAAGGUGGCAUUUUCCAUCGGUCUACUAAAGCCGGUGGAAAUCCAGUUCUGCCGCGCCAACUCCGCCAUCCCAGCACCUCCAAACACCCCCUGGUCAAUGGUCGCCAUCAGAGAUUACGGAGACGAUAAUAAGAACCCAACGAUCAUCUUCCCUCCAAUCAACCACGAGAACCUUCAUAUAUCUGAAGAUACUCCUCAUGUUUACGGCGAGUCAUCGAUAACAUCUUCACCGUACAAUGAUGAAUAUUCCGAGUCCGAUUCAUAUUCGUAUUCCGAUUCAGAUUCAGACUCACACUCAAACUCCUCAGCCACAUUUUCCCCGUCUGAUUCCAGCGCAGUAAGUGCAUCUCCUUUGUCACAAAGUCCCAAUGCUAAGUCAGCUGGUUACAUCAUCGCACUAUGGUUCGAUUCAUGGGUGGAGAUACUCCGUUCCAAGUUGAAUAAUAGCACAACUCUAAUCUGGAAUAAUUUGGCUUCGACGCUGAGGGCGUCGUUGACUUUUCGAUCCGCCACAGUGACGGCGAUGUUGCUAAUGUUUCUAUAUUUCCGCCGGAGGAGGAGACUGAGGGAACAGGAAGAAAUUACGAAUCAGCUUAUUCGCAUUAUCAAAGAGAAAGACGAGAAAAUCAAACACCUAUUGGAUCAAACUGCAAGGAUGAAUCAAGCUUUGCUAGCAUUUCAUAGAGUUCCCAGUAGCUCUAGCACUUAG